AUGGCUAUUGUCUACGGAUUGCCCACAGUGGCUUCCACAGUAGCAGCAGCGCCUUCACUUUACCUUCCCCUUCCUGAAUGGGUUCCAGCCAUCGCCACCCUCUUCCCUCCUCUAACAGCACUGGCACUAUAUCUUGCCAAUAAACUCGCCCAACCUGCUGCAGAUAAUCGCCAGUCAUCUAGCCCUUGGCGAAGACUCUUUCCCGUUAUCAACCACCUCCAAUCUAUCAUAACCACAAUCAUCGCCACCGUAGCCCUCGCCUAUCUAUACCCAGAGAGCAUCACAACCUGCCGACUAGAGCAGGAAUGGCAGUCAUACUUCCGCGCGAAAGAUGCUCAACCGAUCCGUGCUAUUCAGGACGAAUUCCGCUGCUGCGGAUUCCGGAGUAUCCAUGACCGAGCGUGGCCGUUCAAGGAUAAGACCACCGGGGAUGAUGCUUGUGAGGUACAAUUCAAUUACGGGACAAGCUGUCUGGUCCCGUGGAGACAGCAGCAGCAGAGUGCUUCGUGGAUGGUUUUUGCAGCUGCUAUUUUGACUCUACUCAUGAAGGUCUGUGUUGCGUUGUAUCAGGCCCUGCGUCAGCGACCGAGCUGGAUGACAAUGCAGUUUGGCAGACAGACACGCAGUCAGCAGCGGAUCACGCACGCUGCGCUGGAGGAUGAAGACACCAACGAUGACGCGGAGGAGGGGCAGCGGGGAGCGUUCCUGCCUCGUGCGGGUCCAAGGUUUGACAAUGAGUGGAAUGAUCGGUAG